AUGAUGGAAAAUAACAUUAAAAUGACGGGGUUGCCUAUUGAUACCAAUCCCCACAUCAAAAUCGAUGAAGGAGCUGAAAGGGAUAGUCAAAUGCAGAACCCGAUUUCACUAGUACAACUUAAUCAUGGGAGCCCCGCAACAACAGAAACUACAAACAUACAGGCAACCCCAUCACAUCACAAUAGAACAUCCUCCUUCUCUGGCUCUGAACAUGAAUACAAGUAUACCACAGCUUCGCCUAGAAGAACAUCAGCAAGUUCGACCAUCUCUGUCUUAAAAAGUAAAGAUUCAGCUUCGGAUCAAACAUUCAGUUGUUAUGAUCACCCAAAACCAACAAUUGGGAAGUCAAGUCCAGCUUCAAGGUCACAUUCCCAUACUAAAUUAUCGGAGUUAGCCCACAAAGUUUCGGACUUUUUAUUUUCAACACGUCGAAGUAUCGAUUUGCACACGACAAAUUCGUCUUUUUCAAAUGAUCCAAAGAAUUUAAAUAAUCUCAGUGAUUCAUCAACAGCAUCGCCUAUAGCUUCAAGGGAAAAUUCGCAUGUAUCCUUGACAUCAUUAGCACGCACUGGCGGUCGCCAACUCAAAACUAAAAGACGCAGUUUCCUUAUGAGGCCCACCUUAAGUCCUUCACGUACAAGUGAUACCAAAGACCCGCUUGGUAAUUAUAUACUCGAUCCGCCAUCAUCCAAUCCUCUAUCUCCAAUCUCAAAUGCUUCAUUGGGUUUACCAUCUAGCAAAAAUUCCGCUUGUCAUUUUGCUUGUUCCGAGAAUGAGGAGAUAAGUAGGCGCAACUCACAUGUAAAGGAAACACAUUAUGUUCACGUCGAGUACGAUCCUAUUACACGUAAGAGAGUGUUGAACACUUACGAAAUUUUGAAAGAUCUAGGUGCAGGUCAACAUGGUAAAGUCAAGCUCGCAAAAGAUAUAGCCACGGGCAAACUUGUUGCAAUCAAGAUUGUUGAUCGAACAGGGAAGCCCGCUUUAAUGUUAAGUCGACUUUCCAGAGGCACUUCCCAGACUCAAGAAGAUAAAAUCAGAAGAGAAAUUGCUAUAAUGAAAAAGUGUGAUCAUCCACAUGUUGUUAAGUUAAUCGAGGUCUUGGAUGCUGAAAAGUCCAGAAAAAUAUAUAUGGUUCUUGAAUACCUCGAGAAGGGGGAAGUAAAAUGGCAAAGAACAGCUGAAGAAGUUUUUCAGAUCGUACAAGAAACGAGUAAGCCACAGAAGCAUAUCACAUUAAAGGAAUGUAUCCCCGAACCACUGUUAACUUUAGAUGAAACUAAGAAAAUAUUUAUUGAUGUUUUAAGUGGGUUGGAAUAUCUACAUCAUCAGGGAAUAAUUCACAGAGACAUAAAACCUUCUAAUCUGUUAGUGAGCAAAGAUAACGAAGUCAAAAUUUCUGAUUUUGGUGUUUCCUUUGCUUCAAACUUGGAUCGAACAAAGCAGGAUGAUUUAGAGUUGGCGAAAACUGCAGGGACCCCCGCCUUUUUGGCUCCUGAGCUAUGUUCUUCAGAAGAUAGACGCUCUAAGGUCACGUAUAAGAUAGAUAUAUGGGCACUUGGUGUAACAUUGUUUUGUCUAUUAUUUGGCGAUUUACCAUUUUAUGCAGAGUCAGAGUACCAACUUUUUAAAAAGAUCAAUAAAGAAGAACCACGAUUUCCAGAUAUGGCAUGCUGGCAUGUUGCAUCUCAGUUACCCACUUGUGAUUUCAAUAUUGUUAAAGACUUAUUGAUGAAGCUACUUGAUAAAAAUCCUGACACCCGUAUUGAAAUUGAAAACAUAAAGUCACAUCCUUUUGUUCGUCAAUACUGGAAAGAAAAGAAAACUUGUAAUGAGUAUGCGGGAUGGAGAAAGGAUAUGAAAAUAGACGUCAGUAACGAAGAAGUAGAUGACGCAAUUGUUGGAUUAGGCAAUAGGAUAAAAAAACGUAUCAGUGAAGCAUUUCGAAGAAGGAAAACAAAUGAACAUAAAGAUAGCAAUGCUUCAGAUGCUGAAACUAGUAAAUCCCCAUCUAAGGAAACCUUGGGUGGGUUAAGAAGUUAUGCCCUGGCUGAAUUGAAAGACGACUGCAGCUAUAUUUUAUCAGAAGAAACACCUAGAAGUAGUUCACAGGUUUCAUUGUCACUUCUAAACGAGAAUUUGUCAUCUCGACCUACCACUUUGAUAUCAAUUGAGAAUGUAUCAGGAUAUAGCUCGACGAACAUGGGCAGUGCAUCAAGUAUGGAAGAAAAUAAAAAUUUGAAUGAUAUUGCUGAAGAAGCAGAGAAACAUGAUUCUAGGGAGAUAAAUAGAAGCGAGCUUCAGGAGCAUACUAAACAUGAACGGUUUGCUACAACUGCUAAUCUUUCAUCUUUUGAGAUGCAAAACUCAAGUACCCUUGGAUGCUCGAAUAAGACUGUCAAUGGAGAUAACUUUGAGGAUGGCGAAUACGAUUAUCGCAAAGAAUUAACAGAUGGCGGCAACCCUGAAAGCGUGAACUUAACCGUUAAUCCCAGCUUUGCGUCAUUAGAUAGUUUUUAUGAUGAUUCAUAUGCAAAAUUUUUGAGUCCUGGUUCCGGCGGCUCGAUUGUUCAGCCUAGCAGAGGAAGUGGCAACCGUAUACCUGUUCGCAUUCACAGUAACUCUAAUAGGGGCUCUCCAAACCUGCAACCUUCUAACGGAUCAUAUGAAGGUGCAUUAACAUUUGAUGCAUUGGGCUUAAAUAGAAAAGAUUCAAGCAGUCCUACAAAUUUCCAGUAUAUUCAUAAUCCAAAUGUUUCAAGUUUAAACAGUCUUAGGGGUAAGUCCUUGAAGGUCAUCACUCCUCCAAAUCAACCUUCUUCAAACUCCAUAACCAGGAGCCCUGCAAUGAUGAGAAACCAACUAAAGGCAGCAUAUGCUAAUCCUAUGAUAAGCAAUCAGAAUUGCCGAGUCUCCAAUGGAAGUGGGGAUCACACAAAAUCAAGCAAAGAAAAGAGCACCAGACCUUCCGCAUUUGUUGACUCAGAUAGUGAUAGCGAUAGUGGCAGUGAUUCUCCGAUUCAGUUUAACAAAAAGUCGGAUUCCACUUUCAGCUUUACGCAACGAAGAGUUAAUAUUACCAAUGAUGCUAUUAAGAACAAUGCACCUGUUUCGAGAAGAGCGAUAUUUACUAAUAGUGAUGAUGAGACUGAUGCCGAUAACGACGAUCUCGAAGAUGACAGUACUGUUGACUUCUUUGCCAAACGCAGCAUCAAACCGGGUCCAGAAAGCAGAUCAAUGAAUGCAUCCCCUUCGGCAGUAGCUCCUUCUGCCAUCUACAAAGCACCUGCUAAUUCUAAUGUUCAGCUUCAUACGCCACCAUUGUUAGCAAAAAGUUCAAUUUAUGGAACCAAACUCAACUUGCUUUAUCACAAUGACGAUAGUGAUGAAAGUGAGGAGACAGAUUUAUCUGGAGAUGAGCUUAUAUUAAGCUUUGGUAAGCCCAAAAAUAAUACCAAGAUUGACAGUAGGAAUGUUGCAAUGGAUAGAUCCUUUUCAUCAACAGCAGAUGUUGUUGAUGUUCCCGAAAGUAUCAUUAAGAAAAGUAUGAACGUUAAUCAGCUUUCACAAUCUAACGUUGUGGUUAAUAGUCAUGGUGGCAUUGUUGACGAAGUAGUUGAUCUGAGCAUCGAUGAUGAUAAUUAUUUAGGUAACCGUUAA